AUUUUACUUACAUUUUACAAGCGAUUCUACAUCGCAUACUCUGGCGCCAUCUAUCUCUUGUCUUAUUUCAAUUGAAUCACUGAAAAUGACCCUUUGUUCAGUCGUAAGGACUUGUUUUUCAUCCCUGGCAAAACAGCUGACUUCAGAAAGGACCAAACAAGUAGAGGGAAAAUGACGCGUCCUGUGAUAUUCCUGGCAAUCUGUUCAAUCGUUUUGUUUAAACUCGCCAAUGGCUACAAGGAGGUACACGGACUGAAUGGAAAGCUUUUCCCGAAGGCAGCGACUUUCAAUUUCCCAGAGUAUGCCUAUAAGGAGACCAGCAAGAAUGAAAUAACCUACCAUGAACUGGAGGUGACUUGUGACCAGCACGCCCAGUGCAUAAACCUCAGUCCCGUGGGCGUGGCCAAGAUCAACUGCAUCCGACAGUGCAUCUCGCCAUCCUGCUACCAGGACAUCUACGCCUUCAACGAGCUGGAGGAGGGCGAAAUCGAUGCCCGGCUCAAUUCCUUCAAGGGCUGUGUCAUACAGCGCAUGUAGCAGCGACCCCAGCUGUUCAAGGAGUACUUCAUCUUCAAGUGGCUGGAGCUCCCUGGGAUUACCUAUUAAAUUUAGAUAAUGAUCUGUGCCGAGGACAUGCAUUUAAAGGAUUUUCAUGGAUUGUGAAAGUGAAAAAGGGAACUUGCUCCAAAUUGCUACCGGAAUUGUUUGGACUUUCUGUUGGAAUUUAGAUGAAUUCGAUUUCUGUAGUACCCCAAAAAUUAGAUUAACUUUUGUAUCGUCUAUGCGAACAAAAGACUGCCUUUCAUUCUAAAGCCAAAUUUAGAAAUAAACUUUUUUCACUGAAGUUAAAGUA